ACCGACGAGCUGAGAUCGGCCAUCGGGCUCGCCAGGGAGUUCAGCAGCGAGAAGGGCCACGCGUUCGUGGAGCAGCUGCACAGGGUGCAGUGCAUGCUGCAGGACGCGGGCUCCAACAUCGCGACGCCCCUCUCCUCGGCCAGGCAGGCCCACCUCAAGCGAACGUCUUUUAGUGAGAAGCCUGUUCUGGAGCUGGAACAGUGGAUUGAUAAAUACUCAGAAGAGCUUCCCCCGCUCAGAGCUUUCAUACUGCCAUCGGGAGGUAAAAGCAGCGCCGCUCUCCACGUUUCCCGAGCUGUCUGCCGCAGAGCUGAGAGGUGUGUGGUACCGUUAGUGCAAGCAGGGGAAGCAGAUCCAAAUGUGGCCAAAUAUUUAAACAGACUAAGCGACUACCUCUUCGUUUUGGCACGUUAUGCUGCAAUGAAAGAAGGGAAGGAAGAGAAAAUAUACAUAAAGUCUGAAGCAUAAGUGGGACUUGGGUUAUUGCUUUCA